GAUCUGUACAAGGACAUCAUGAUGGAGGAUCACCGGCCCCUCACAUCACCAGAUAAGGAAGAGAUAACAACACCAGAGAGAUGUCCCAGUCCUCUUCUUCCACAGGAUGGUUCAGAAGAACAUUACAAUGUCCCACAGGAGGAUCAGGUAGAUGGAUAUAAGGGCAUCAUGAUAAAGGAUCACCAGCCUCUCACAUCACCAGAUAAGGAAGAGAUAACAACACGUGAGAGAUGUCCCAGUCCUAUUCUUCUACAGGAUGGUUCAGAAGAACAUCACAAUGUCCCACAGGAUGAUCAGCUUGUGAAUCCGGGUGAAGAUCUGAACAAUAUUAAUCCUACAGAGACAUAUGUGAGGGGUGAUGAGCAGAGUACAGAGGACAGUCCUGCAGAUAACCGCCCAGAUGACUGUACCAGGAACUUAGAGAAACAUCUGGUAUCUUUACAUUUUGAAGUAGAUGAUCGUGGUAUCAUACAAGAUAAAUAUGAAGAGCAUGCCAAUAUCCAAGAUAUAUCUACAUCCAGUCAGAGCAAAAAUGUAUUAUUUGAUCCUUUUAAACAGAUCCGAUCUUCUGAUUCAUCACAGACUGUAACACAGAAUAAAAGUAGUAAAAAAGGUAAUAAACAUCCAACAGCCCACGUAAUAGGGAAGACUUUUUCAUGUUUAGAAUGUGGAAGAUUUUUUAGAUAUAAAUCAGAAUUAGUGAGACAUCAGAGAGUUCACACAGGGGAGAGGCCAUUUUCAUGUUUAGAAUGCAGUGAAUGUUUUAAGCAUAAAUCAGGUCUUGUUGUACAUCAGAGAGUUCACACAGGGGAGAAGCCAUUUUCAUGCUCAGAAUGUGGGAAACGUUUUAACCAGAAAUCAGCUCUUGUUAUACAUCAGAGAACUCACACAGGAGAGAAGCCAUUUUCAUGCUCAGAAUGUGGGAAAUGUUUUAAAAAUAAUUCAGCUCUUAUUAGACAUCAGAGAGUUCACACAGGGGAGAAGCCAUUUUCAUGCUCAGAAUGUGGAAAAUGUUUUAAGCAGAAAUCAGCUCUUGUUUUCCAUCAAAGAAUUCACACCGGGGAGAAGCCAUUUUCUUGUUCAGAAUGUGGGACAAGUUUUAACUAUAAGUCAGCAUUUAUUAGACAUCAGAGAAUACACACCGGGGAGAAGCCAUUUUCAUGCACAGAAUGUGGAAAAUGUUUUAAGCAGAAACCACAUCUUGUUGAUCAUCAGAGAAAUCACACAGGAGAGAAGCCAUUUUCAUGUUCAGAAUGUGGGAAAUGUUUUCACAAUAAAUCAGCUCUUGUUGUACAUCAGAGAACUCACACAGGAGAGAAGCCAUAUCCAUGUUCAGAAUGCGGUGAAUGUUUUAAGCAUAAAUCAGCUCUUGUUUUCCAUCAGAGAGUUCACACCGGGGAGAAGCCAUUUUCAUGUUCAGAAUGUGGGAAAUGUUUUAACAACAAGGGAAAAUUUGUGAGACAUCAGAGAGUUCACACAGGGGAGAGGCCAUUUUCAUGUUCAGAAUGCGGUGAAUGUUUUAAGCUUAAAUCACAUCUUGUUGUACAUCAGAGAGUUCACACAGGGGAGAAGCCAUUUUCAUGCUCAGAAUGUGGGAAACGUUUUAACCAGAACUCAGCUCUUGUUAUACAUCAGAGAAUUCACACAGGAGAAAAGCCAUAUCCAUGUUCGGAAUGCGGUGAAUGUUUUAAGCAUAAAUCAGCUCUUGUUUUCCAUCAGAGAGUUCACACAGGGGAGAAGCCAUUUUCAUGCUCAGAAUGUGGGAAAUGUUUUAAAAAUAAUUCAGCUCUUAUUAGACAUCAGAGAGUUCACACAGGCGAGAAGCCAUUUUCAUGCACAGGAUGUGGAAAAUGUUUUAAGCAGAAAUCAGCUCUUGUUUUCCAUCAGAGAAUUCACACCGGGGAGAUGCCAUUUUCUUGUUCAGAAUGUGGGACAAGUUUUAACUAUCAGUCAGCAUUUAUUAGACAUCAGAGAAUUCACACCGGGGAGAAGCCAUUUUCAUGCACAGAAUGUGGAAAAUGUUUUAAGCAGAAACCACAUCUUUCAACACAUCAGAGAGUUCACACAGGGGAGAAGCCAUUUUCAUGUUCAGAAUGUGGGAAAUGUUUUCACAAUAAAUCUGAUAUUGUUAGACAUCAGAGAGUUCACACAGGAGAGAAGCCAUUUUCAUGUUCAGAAUGUGGGAAAUGUUUUAACCGUAAAUCAAAUCUUGAUACACAUCAGAGAAUUCACACAGUGGAGAAGCCAUUUUCAUGUUCAGAAUGUGGGAAUUUUUUUAAGCAUAAAUCAGCUCUUGUUAGACAUCAGAGAAAUCACACAGGAGAGAAGCGAUUUUCAUGUUCAGAAUGUGGGAAAUGUUUUAACCUUAAAUCAGGUCUUGUUUUACAUCAGAGAAAUCACACAGGAGAGAAGCCAUUUUCAUGUUCAGAAUGUGGGAAAUGUUUUAAAAGUAAAUCAGAUCUUGAUACACAUCAGAAAAUUCACACAGGGGAGAAGCCAUUUUCAUGUUCAGAAUGUGGGAAAUGUUUUCACAAUAAAUCAGAUAUUGUUAGACAUCAGAGAGUUCACACAGGGGAGAAGCCAUUUUCAUGUUCAGAAUGUGGGAAAUGUUUUAAUCGGAAAUCGCCUCUUGUUACACAUCUGAAAAUUCACACUGGGGAGAAGCCAUUUUCAUGUUUAGAAUGUGGGAAAUGUUUUUACAAUAAAUCAGAUAUUAAUAGACAUCAGAUAGUUCACACAGGAGAGAAGCCAUUUUCAUGUUCAGAAUGUGGGAAAUGUUUUAAGAUGAAAUCGCCUCUUGUUUCACAUCAGAAAAUUCACACAGGGGAGAAGCCAUUUUCAUGUUCAGAAUGUGGGAAAUGUUUUAACCGUAAAUCAAAUCUUGAUACACAUCAGAGAAUUCACAUGGUGGAGAAGCCAUUUUCAUGUUCAGAAUGUGGGAAUUUUUUUAAGCAUAAAUCAGCUCUUGUUAGACAUCAGAGAAAUCACACAGGAGAGAAGCCAUUUUCAUGUUCAGAAUGUGGAAAAUGUUUUAAGCGUAAAUCAGGUCUUGUUUUGCAUCAGAGACUGCACACAGGAGAGAAGCCAUUUUCAUGUUCAGAAUGUGGGAAAUGUUUAAAAAGUAAAUCAGAUCUUGAUACACAUCAGAAAAUUCACACAGGGGAGAAGCCAUUUUCAUGUUCAGAAUGUGGGAAAUGUUUUCACAAUAAAUCAGAUAUUGUUAGACAUCAGAGAGUUCACACAGGGGUGAAGCCAUUUUCAUGUUCAGAAUGUGGGAAAUGUUUUCACAAUAAAUCUGAUAUUGUUAGACAUCAGAGAGUUCACACAGGAGAGAAGCCAUUUUCAUGUUCAGAAUGUGGGAAAUGUUUUAACCGUAAAUCAAAUCUUGUUAUACAUCAGAGAAUUCACACUGGGGAGAAGCCAUUUUCAUGUUCAGAAUGUGGGAAAUAUUUUUACAAUAAAUCAGAUAUUGUUAGACAUCAGAGAGUUCACACAGGAGAGAAGCCAUUUUCAUGUUCAGAAUGUGGGAAAUGUUUUAAGAUGAAAUCGCCUCUUGUUGCACAUCAGAAAAUUCACACAGGGGAGAAGCCAUUUUCAUGUUCAGAAUGUGGGAAAUGUUUUAACCGUAAAUCUAAUCUUGAUACACAUCAGAGAAAUCACACAGGAGAGAAGCCAUUUUCAUGUUCAGAAUGUGGGAAAUGUUUUAAGAUGAAAUCAGUUCUUGUUAAACAUCAGCGAAUUCACACUGGGGAGAAAGAGAAGCCAUAUUCAUGUUCAGAAUGUGGGAAAUGUUUCAACAAUAAUUCAGCUCUUGUUAUACAUCAGAGAAAUCACACAGGGGAGAAGCCAUAUCCAUGUUCAGAAUGUGGGAAAUGUUUUAAGCGGAAAUCCGCUCUUGUUAUACAUCAGAGAGUUCACACAGGAGAGAAGCCAUAUCCAUGUUCAGAAUGCGGCGAAUGUUUUAAGUAUAAAUCAAAUCUUGUUGUACAUCAGAGAAAUCACACAGGGGAGAAUCCAUUUUCGUGUUCAGAAUGUGGGAAAUGUUUUAAGCAUAAAUCAGCUCUUGUUGUACAUCAGAGAAAUCACACAGGAGAAAAGCCAUAUUCAUGUUCAGAAUGUGGUACAUUUUUUAACAGUAAAUCAGAUCUUGCUAUACAUCAGAGAAUUCACACAGGGGAGAAGCCAUUUUCAUGCUCAGAAUGUGGGAAAUGUUUUAAGCAUAAAUCAAAUCUUGUUGUACAUCAGAGAAUUCACACAGGAGAAAAGCCAUAUCCAUGUUCAGAAUGUGGUAAAUUUUUUAACAGUAAAUCAGAUCUUGCUAUACAUCAGAGAAUUCACACAGGGGAGAAGCCAUUUUCAUGUUCAGAAUGUGGGAAAUGUUUUAAGCAGAAAUCAAAACUUGUUGUACAUCAGAGAAUUCACACAGGGGAGAAGCCAUUUUCAUGUUCAGAAUGUGGGAAAUGUUUUAACCAGAAAUCAGUUCUUGUUACACAUCAGAGAAAUCACACAGGGGAGAAGCCAUUUUCAUGUUCAGAAUGUGGGAAAUGUUUUAAGGAGAAAGCGGCUCUUGUUGUACAUCAGAGAAAUCACACAGGAGAGAAGCCAUAUUCAUGCUCAGAAUGUGGGAAAUGUUUUAAGGAGAAAGCGGCUCUUGUUGUACAUCAGAGAAAUCACACAGGAGAGAAGCCAUAUUCAUGCUCAGAAUGUGGGAAAUGUUUUAAGUGUACACAAGCUCUUGUUGUACAUCAAAGAGUUCACACCAGGGAUAAGCCAUUUUCAUGUUCAGAAUGUGGGAAAUGUUUUAAGUGUAAACAAGCUCUUGUUGUACAUCAGAGAACUCACACAGGUGAGAAGCCAUUUUCAUGUUCAGAAUGCGGUGAAUGUUUUAAGGAGAAAUCAGCUCUUGUUACACAUAAGAGAAAUCACACAGGGGAGAAGCCAUAUCCAUGUUCAGAAUGUGGGAAAUGUUUUAAUAAGAAAUCAGUUCUUGAUAGACAUCAGAGAAAUCACACAGGGGAGAAGUCAUUUUCAUGUUCAGAAUGUGGGAAAUGUUUUAAUGAGAAAUCUGAUCUUAAUAGACAUCAGAGAAUUCACACAGGAGGUAAGCCAUUUUCAUGUUCAGAAUGUGGGAAAUGUUUUAAUCAGAAAUCAGAUCUUGUUAUACAUCAGAGAAAUCACACAGGGGAGAAGCCAUUUUCAUGUUCAGAAUGUGGGAAAUGUUUUCACUACAAAUCAGCUCUUGAUUGCCAUAAGAGUAUUCACACAGGAGAGAAGCCAUUUUCAUGUUCAGAAUGUGGGAAAUGUUUUAACUACAAAUCAGCUCUAUAUUACCAUAAGAGAAAUCACACAGGAGAGAAGCCAUUUUCAUGUUCAGAAUGUGGAAAAUGUUUUCAGCAGAAAUCAGCUCUUGUUGUACAUCAGAGAAAUCACACAGGGGAGAAGCCGUAUUCAUGCUCAGAAUGUGGGGAAUGUUUUAAGUAUAAACAAGCUCUUGUUGUACAUCAGAUAAAUCACUCAGGGGAGAAGCCAUAUCCAUGUUCAGAAUGUGGGAAAUGUUUUAAGAAAAAAUCAUCUCUAGUUAGACAUCAAAAUAUUCACAUAUAAAAGAAGCCAUCUUCAUCUUACAAUACGUGUUUUUUAUGGUGGUCACUGUCUUUAUUCUGUCAGAUACUCCUUUUUACAGGUAUAUAAAACAGAACCUUGCUUUGAGUUACCAGAGGUGGCUGAGGGCUUGGAGUUAUGAUUGGGACCACUGUGAGAUCUCCCCAAACACGUAUUGUCUCCUGUAUUAAAUGAAUACCAGUCAUCAAAGGACAGAUCCAGUUAAAAGUGAAAGUUUAUACUGUAUAUAUAUCCCUUCUAAACAUAAAUGUUUGGUGAGAGGAAAUAAAAAAAUCCAUACAGGGCCUGAUAUAAAAAGAUAACUACCAUAUUUUUCACCCUAUAAUACGCACAGGCCCAUAAGAUGCACCUAGGUUUUAGAGGGGGACAAUAAGAAAAAAUA